UAGCAAUAUGAGUGGAUUGGAAGUAGAAAUGUUGUUAAGUAAAGCCCCACAGGCUCUCAGCAUUUAUCAGGCAUAUUACAAAUUUUAUUUAAAAAUCUUAAUAAUCUCAAAGUGUCACCUUAACAUGAAAUAUACCCUCAGCGAGAUUCGAGACGAAGCCCCAGACCGUUUAUUAGCUUUAUACGAACAAAGUGAUGAUUUUAUUCGGCAAGCACUUUUAUAUCUAAGCAAAGCAGAACAAUCUAGUGCCGAUGUUUUUGAUUCUUCCAAAACAACAGAAUUUUUGUUUAAAGCUGAAAAAGCUUUGAAAAAUAUGAAGGAAACACAAACAGCUCAAUUAAUUGGUGAAAAUGCUCAAUUAAUUAUAGAAAAUGUUAAAAGGGAGGAAAAGUUUGGUACUUCAUUAUCUCAUUUAUCUGUUCGGGACACUUUUAUUUGGGCUGUUGAACACGACGAACUUGCAAUAAUGGAUCAAUUAAGAAAACAACACAGACUUGUUGAUAAACAAGUUUUCCUUUGGACAAUUGAAGGAUUUGCUCGUGCAAGUAAAUGGCAACAAUUGGAACAAUAUGCACGAUCAAGAAAGAGUCCAAUGGGAUUUUUGUCAAUUAUUGAAUUGUGUACAAAAUAUGGAGACAAAAAUUUAGCAACGCGUUUUAUGGAUAAACUGACUGGUUAUGAGGAACAAGUUCGCGCCUAUUUAAUUAUGAAUGAAAUAAAAAAAGCGGCAACACUAGCAGCAGAGAAAAUUGACUUAACAAUGCUACAAUUAAUUAGAAGGAGAGUCCCUCCAUCAUCUCAACAGUGGACAGAAGUUACAAAAAUUAUUGAAAAUUUGGGUAGAACUAAAUAA